AUGACGGGAUCCAAACCGGGCCCUCGGAAUAACAAAGGGAACAACAGCAGAGGCGCCCCGCAGCGGCCGCCUUUAACUCAUUUCCUAUGCUUGCCCCUAGUAAACACAACAUCGCUGCCCCAGCUAGAGACCUCCUUAGCCGCAUUCAAAGCGGCUCAUCCACCAGUCCCGGUCUCGGCUCUUCCCGGGGCUCAAGGUGGUGGCACAGACGGCAAUGGCUCAAUAUCGGUCAUUCCUGACGGAGCAUUGCGCCCGAUCGGCACGCUGCAUCUGACUCUCGGCGUGAUGAGUCUGCCAAGUAAGGAGCGGUUUGAUGAGGCUGUGGCCUUUUUUCAGAAGCUUGAUUUGGCUAGCCUGAUGCGCGGAGCGGAGCGUGCUGCCCGGGGUCAGAAGAAGAAAAGCCAUGAAGAACAAUUAUUGGCCUCGACUACAGCAGACACAGAAAUGGAUUCUCCGAAUUCAGAGCCAGAGGCCUCUUCUCCUCUUUCUCCACUCAAUGUCUCGUUGGAGUCACUGCAUGCGCUUCCGCGCGCAAAAGCCGCUACUGUCCUGCACGCUUCGCCCGUGGAUCCGACAAGACGCCUAUAUCCGUUCUGUGUGAUGUUGCGUGAUAAGUUCAUUGAGGCUGGGUUUUUGGUCGCUGAGCAGGCCAACCCUCAGCAGAACCAGAACCAGCAGCAACAACAACAGCCACUACAAGGAGAGCAACCCGAAUCCUCUUCCACUGUCCCCGACAACGAAUCCCUCCUGGAAGAGCUUCCCAUCGACCUAGCAGAAAAUCCAACCACAGAGCAAAACUCACUAGGAGCCCACAAAAACCACCACCCCAUUCCAUCGCUGGACCCCUACACCACAGCUCUAAGACGCAAGCCGAAACCGCGUCCUCUCCUUCUGCACGCCACGCUCGUGAACACGAUCUACGUGCGCGGCGGCCACGGGAAAGGUGUCGGGCGUGAACCAGACGCAAAACGACAAAAGUUCAAGCAACAUGGAGGUGGAGGAGAUCGAGACAAAUCUUGGAAUAAAAAUAAUAAGAGGCUUGCUAUCGAUGCCCGCGACUUGAUUGCUCGGUAUUCGGACUACUAUGCCGAUGUGGAGCGGACGAUGGCACGUGUGUAUCAUCCUGGUACUUCUUCGCCUACGAGUAUAGCUGCGUCUACAUCUCUGUCUCCUCGAUCUGAUGAGUUUGGGGAAAGAAGAAAGGUGGAAGGGGUAUCGGAGAGCGCCGCAGAGCCUGCUGCUGGGCGCACUACUCCUACUACUGCAAUUACAACUACAAGUACAACCUCAUCACCAAAAUACCCCUUCAUCUGGGCACACAAUAUCCCGCUAGACUCGGUCUGCAUCUGCGAAAUGGGCGCUAAAACCCUGGUCCCGGCGGAGAACGUGCCAGACAAAGCAGACAAUACGACAUCCUGCAAUGCGCGUCUGGGUGCCAAGUACACCGUUGUCGCGGAGCGGAGUCUGGAUUUCUCGCGUGGAUCUAUGUCAGCGUCGCUGGCUUCAACAGCGGAGAAGACGGGGAGUGAGACUGAUGAUAGCGCAGAAGGGGGUGCACGGUUGCACUGA